UUGUUAUUCCGGUGCUCUGCAAACAUAUUAUAGGGUGGUGGAACGAAGCUUGCGCAGGGCUCUAUUUCUCGCCUUUUUGGAAAAGUAUUUCCGGUAUUUCCACACGAUGGACUUUUCGACCAUCCAUUUAACCUUGGACCGGAAACGAAUCUCUGCCGGGGAAAAUACGGAGAGUGGAGUGAACCGGAUGUUAUUCCUUCAUACCAAAACAAUAGCAUGCAGAUGCAGAAGCAGAGAAGAUAUCAGAUAUCAGACCUUUAUGGAAUUUCAUUUUACUAGAUUUAGUAGACUUUUAUCAAUAGAUAAGUGUUUCAUAUAAUCCAUGCGUUUCCUCUGUUGAGAAGCUCAUCUAUCGUUUGUGAGAGAACACUCAAAAUCGUUCGUCAUCUUCCUCGUGCGUCAGUGAACGUGUGCGUCCCAUUUGUAUGUGACUGAUAACCAGCUUAUCCCACGUGGGUCUCCACCACAUUUAAUCCAAUUUUUUUUUAUUUUCAUCGACGAAUUGUACCAGUAAUUCUCAGAAUCAUGCCUCCCGCAAACCUUGAAAAUGCUUAUGUUGCAUCCUCUUGCAACAGAACUUCCAAAAGCGUCGACUGUUCCCCAACAGGAUUAGUAUGCUUUGCAUCCUGUCAUUCCGUCAUCAUUUACAAGCACUAUGACAAGGUUGAUAGCGGAGGUAAAGUAAUCCAAGUUUUAACUGGUCACACCAAAAGAGUAAACUCUGUCCAAUGGGUGAAAGGAUCACCUCCAAAGGCACAAUUAAUCUCAGUAUCAGCAGAUUCAACUGCCAAUCUGUGGACACUGAAUGAAGAUGGAUUUUUUACUCAAACAUUGACUUUAAAAGGUCACGCAGACAGUAUAACAGUAAUCGAUGCCUUGUAUGUCAAACCUAAGUCAGAGUCUGGUUGUGGGCGGAUAGUCAUAUUCACAGCAUCUAAUGACUCGAUCAUCAAAAUAUGGACAGUCAGUAAUACCUCUGAUGUGGAUUGUCAAACUAUUGACCUGAAAAAUAGACUUUGCUUGUCAGCAAGUCUGGCCUUCCUGCCUGGAACUUCAAGAAUUUUAGCUGCGUUUGCCACUGAUGACUGCAAAAUAAACUUGUAUAUAUCUUCAGCUGAUGAGGAUAAAAAAGACUUUGUGCCUGCUGAAGCUCUCAUAGGACACGAAGAUUGGGUCCAGAGUCUAGAUUUUACAGUUGAUACAAAUAAGGAUCUAAUACUUGCCAGUGGAUCUCAAGAUACGACAGUGCGGUUGUGGAGGUUCUCCAGGAAGAAAGAGAAUGAAAAAAUCAAUUUGGACGAACUUCGUGUGGAAGAGAAGGUUAUCAAAGUCGAUGAAAAAACAAGUUUUGUCAUCACAGCUGACUCGGUUUUGAGUGGACAUGAAGGCUGGGUCUAUGGUGUACAUUGGAACAACUCAAAUCAGAAAGAAGGCAGUGGAUCCAAAUUGCAAUUACUCACAUCUUCAAUGGAUAAAACUUUGAUCGUAUGGGAGUCAGAUGAAAGCUCAGAUGUCUGGUUAGAAGUUGUUCGCCUUGGGGAGGUAGGCGGUAAUACAUUAGGAUUCCGCGGUGGAAAAUUUGGACCGAAUGGUGACUUCAUUUUAGCAUACAGUUAUCAUGGAGCUUUUCACGUUUGGAGGAGUGCUGAGAAUGGAAAGCGCUGGGAUCCCGAUGUUGUAAUAGGAGGUCAUUUCGACGAAGUGACAGAUCUGCAGUGGGAUCCGAAAGGUGCCUAUUUACUGUCCGUCAGCCAAGAUCAAACAACCAGGCUUCAUGCUCCGUGGGUUCGUCAUUCUGAAAAAGAACAGCAGCAGGUUGUUUGGCAUGAAUUAGGAAGGCCUCAGGUCCAUGGUUACAACCUAUCUUGCAUCGCUGCGAUCUCAAGGACCAAAUUCGCUUCAGGAGCGGAGGAAAAGGUUGUCCGCACUUUUGCAGCUCCUUCAAAUUUCUUAAAAAAUUUCAAGUCAUUAUCCAAUAUUGAUCUCCAAGAAGGGCUAAGAGAUGGAGAUAGCGUUGCAAUCAACCCUCUUGGCGCAUCUGUGCCCGCAUUAGGUUUAUCAAAUAAAGCAGUUUAUAAGAGUGAAGAGACCAAAACCGAUCUGGAAACCGACAAAAAUAACUACCCUGAGGCGUACUUCUCACCAUUGGAUUUGAAGCAGCCUCCAACAGAAGAAGAUUUGGUACAAAAUACUUUGUGGCCUGAGAUCCAAAAACUCUACGGUCAUGGUUAUGAAAUCUUCAGUUUGGCAGCCUCUCAUGAUGGUUCAAUCUUGGCAUCCGCUUGCAAAGCUACCUCAACGGAACAUGCCGCUAUUAUUUUAUGGGAUACGAGAACUUGGAAGAGAAUAGAAAGCUUGGUCUCUCAUUCUUUAACAAUAACGCAACUGAGUUUUUCCCCGAAUGAUCUUUACUUGUUGUCUGUAUCGAGGGAUCGUGACUGGAGUCUCUUCAAAAGGAGCAAGUCUGAAUCUAGUGACGUUCAUUUUGAACUCUUCGCUAAGACUGGCGGGAAGAAGGGCAUCCACACUCGAAUCAUCUGGUGCUGUUCGUGGGGUCACGACUCAAAGAUCUUCUGCACUGGGUCCCGAGACAGCAAAGCUGUUGUGUGGAGUGUCGCAGAGAGCAUGCAGGAGGAAGUUAGUACUUUGUCAGACAAAGUUAGCUCGGUGCUGAUGCUGAACAACGAGUCGAUCACAAGCUGUUCCAUUGCGCCGGGAUAUGUUGGUGGCACUGGCUCUUAUCUCAUCGCCCUCGGCUGUGAAAGUGGUUACAUUAACUUGUACCUUUGGUCUGUAGCAGCAAAAUGGUCUCCUCUUCAGACUUUGAAAGGAAGUGAAUCACACACUUUAACAGUGAAAAAACUUGCGUUCCGUCCUGUUUUCGGUGAAGCUGGAAAAGACUCAAAGGAUAAUGAUAAAAUUCUUCAACUUGCAAGCGCUGGAUCUGAUCAUUUAGUCAGAGUCUAUACUCUUUUCCUAGAAAAGCUGAUCUCAGGUGUAAACUCAUGAACUGUUCCCAAAACGCUGUGAUAUCGAUGAGAAUUAUAGUCUCCUGUUAAACAGUUCCUGGCAACUCUUUUGUACUUUAUAGCGUGAUGCAUGAUUUUGUAAGUUUUGUAUUUUAACUGUCCUGUAAAAAAUAAUAAGUUCACUGCUGAACGUUGUUGUAAAAACUGUUUUUCGAUGAUUAUCGGAAACAACAAAUUUGUUCUCUCUUGUUAUGAUUUAUGUACCAAACUUAAUCUUUUUUCAAUGAAUAUUUUAAUUUAUUAUUUCU